AUCCAAUCCGGUUUGAGCUAGUUUUCUUCCAAUGGAACAUUAUCAUCUCGCUGCCCUGUAUUAGAUUGACUGUACGAGUUCAGCUUUAUCUGGAGUAUACGACAACAGUAUAUUUUUGUCCCGUAUUCAGUUACAUUUCGCAGCUUUUUCCCUUUUCCGCAAACACCCCUCACAAAUCUACCAUGCCUAAAAGGAGCAAAGAUGAGUCAGAGGCAGCUGAAGUACUGCCCAGGAGGAGAUCGAAAAGACUGACUAAGUCCACACCUGCAAAGCCAGAGCCCCAAACCAAGCCAAAGAAGGCAGCUGCUAAGCCUAAGAAAGGUAAGGAGGUGGAGAAGGCCAAGCCCGAGGAGAAGGCGGAGGAUGCCCCUGCUGAGAAUGGCGAGGCCAAAGCUGAGGAAGAGGCACCAGCCACGGAUGCAGCGGAGGAAAAAGAUGAGGAGGCGGAAUAACAUCUCUCAAACCGCAUCUUUACCAGUGCUCCCUGUACCUCUUUUCUUGUACAAUUCAGGGGAAUAUUUUUAUCGACUAUUUUCUAAAUACAGGUUUUUUAGUAGUCUGAUUGUAGAGAACACUUUUUUUUAACGAAAGACAAAAAAAAAAGUCAAUUUGGAGACGGGGGAAUUUCAUCACAUCCCACAUUGUAACGUUCAGUGGUUUUCAUUUCAGAAGUUUUAAAUGUGAAAGAGGGGGAGGAUGCGGGGAUGGGUUACAGUGUCAACAAGCAAACAUCAUGUUCACAGGAUCUUGGUCGACAACUGAAAGAGUUUGCCUGUGUGGAUUACAUUCCAUAUGCUUUAAAGGGACAGUGUAUGUAAUCUGUGCCGGGGCAGAGAUGGACACAGUCACACAUUGUUUUGUUUAUACUGAAGAACAGUGUUUUAGAAUGUUUGCGAGAUUUGUCCUCAUGUUAACUCUUGUACUCAUGCAGUUUUCUGAUGAAAUUGGAUUAAUAAAUUUAAAAUCCCUUGUAGUGGAGCUCUCCCUAUCCAAACGAUGUAUCUUCUGUGUUGGUCGUGUCCCUGUUCUGUGAUAGCAUUGCAAUAAAUUUGUAUAGCUACUGUGAAAAAGGAUUUGGAAUCUCUGUAUGCAGUGCUCAAUGGUACAUUGUACGGAUGCAAAAAAAAAAAAAAAAUGGAAUUUGCUUUCUAAGCCAACCAACUGAGGUGUCUAAGUGUCGAGGGGGGGAAAAAAUCUGGUCUCAUAAUGCCAGCAGACAACCUGUAAAUUUAUUUGAGAUGUUCAACGCAUACCAGCAGUAGCAAUACUCACGCUAAGUUUAGGUAACAGUGCAAGUGUGCCGUUUCUUUUUGUUUAUAGAUGUACCUGUGUAAUUAUUGUUAUCAACAAACCAAUAAAGCUCAGUUGGUAGUUGU